ACUUUACUCCCGCCAAAUCCAACAUAUCUAUCACUCUCCUCCUUCACCGCCGCACCAAUCCCUCGGCGGCUCUGUCUCUUCAUCGCUAUCUCCGGUAAAACCUUUUUCUGCCAUCCCUGAAACUCCUUAUUCAAAUCCGAGCACAAAAAAUCUGCAUUUCCAAGCGCCCAUAAACCCUCGCCUAAGCUCUCCGUGUUGGGAUUCUAAAUCUGCUAUUGCUAGAGCGGCGGAUGGAGGGCUCAAGGAAUCAGUCGUUUUUUCAAGAUAUCAAAUCGAGGGAACUCCACGGCUUCAGAGUGAAAAAGCGACCUUUUAUAAGUAGCGAGUCCGCAGAAUUCAGUGAAAUGGGAGCUGUUUCUGUUGAGCACAGCGGUCAAACGUCGCCUCCCAUGGCUCUCUCUUUCUGCAAGACAAGUUCAAAUUGCCAUAUAGUUGCCGUCGCCGAUGAGGGGGGUUACGUUAGCUUGUAUAAUACACGCUCCAAGUUUCUGUCUUCUUCCACUUAUCAGGAAAAUGCAGAAAAGGCGAAGAUUUCUGAAUGGGUUGCACAUGAUAAUGCCAUAUUUGACAUAUGUUGGAUUCAGGAAGACAGCAACAUAGUAACAGCUUCAGGUGAUCAAAGUAUAAAGGUAUGGGAUGUAAAGGAACAGAAAUGUUUAAGAGCAUUGAUGGGCCAUACUGGAAGUGUGAAAUCCAUUUGUGUUCAUCCUACAAAUCACAAUGUUAUUGUCUCCGGUUCAAGAGAUGGGUCCUUUGCUCUAUGGGAUUUGAGGUGCAAUGACAGCAGUGGCCAAAGACUUUGUCUACAAUCAAUUGCUAUGGUGCAUGAGGCUCACAUUUCUCCUUGUCAAAGGCGGGGUAGACGUAGAAAGGCUUCUUCUAUGAGCAUCACAUCUGUUCUGCAUCUAAAGGAUGAGGUCUCCAUAGCUACUGCUGGAGCAGUUGACAGUGUUAUAAAGUUUUGGGACACAAGGAGUCUGAAAUCUCCUAUCAGUCAGGCAUGCCCUCAUCCUGAAGGGUCAGCUGAGAAGGAAAGAAAGCUGCAUGGCAUAUCUAGUUUAUCUCAAGAUUUAAAUGGAGUCUUUAUCUCUGCAUCUUGCAUGGAUAGCAGAAUAUACCUAUACAAUGUACUUCAGCUAGAACAAGGGCCAGUGAAAACUUUCUCUGGAUGCCGAAUUGACUCUUUUUUUGUGAAGUCAUCAAUAAGCCCUGAUGCAGCUCACAUAUUAAGCGGCUCUAGUGAUGGGAAUGCUUACAUAUGGCAGAUAAGGAAACCUCUAGCAGAUCCCAUUAUACUGAAUAGUCAUGAAGGAGAAGUUACAGCAGUAGAUUGGUGCCCAUCGGAGACGGGGAAAAUAGCAACAGCAUCAGAUGAUUUCACGGCUCGCAUUUGGAACAUUCAAAGCAGUUGUUACUCCAACACAAGAUCUCCUUCUUCCAUCCGGAGGGGAAUAAUGGCGCCUUCAGGCAAACAAUGCCGGAAGCUUAAUUUAUUUCCUGAUGAAAAACCGGAUUGCUCCAGGAAUGAUUUGGACGUUAGCUAUUCACCCGUCUCAGAAAUAAGUACCCCGGAGUCCCAAAAAAGAAAAUAUUCAUUGUUGGGAUAUGAGAUGAAAGACAAGUUGGAGAAAACUCCUGAAGCUACAGCAAGGAGCCCUUCUUCUGUUCUGAAUCCCCCUUCUUCGUUAAAGAGAAGAACAAUCAGAGAUUACUUUCUGUCAGCCUCAUAAGGAAAGGAAUACUGAUCGAGUACAUAAUAUUCAUUAUGAUUUAUGAAUCUGUAACGUUACAACAAGUUUUUGUUUACUAAUACCAUGAAUGCCAAACUGUAUACUGUUUUAGCAACUUCAAUAGUCAGAUUCCGAUUGGAACCAAGAGUUGAUAGGUAUAAUUAUCAAGAGCUUCAGUGAUAUUGGCUCCUAGUACUAGACAGUGGAACCAACUCACACUCCCUUCUUUCUUUCUCAGUUGUAAUUUCUUAUGCCCAGAUAGUUUAGCUUUGCUAGUAGUUCCCUAACCCCUAAUUAUAAGUGUGAGAAGUACUUCA